AUGGAACUUCUUGCUAUCAUUGCUGAAAACGAAUACAUCCGCAUCGAGAACGAGAAGUUGAAGGCUCUUCUCUCUGGUACUCGCUGCCCCCACCUGACCCAAAAGGGUCUACCCUGCAAGAACAAUGGACUCUGCGCACUCUCUAUAGCUAAGGGUUCCCUAGAUUGGAAUGAAAUCAUAGAUGCAGCUGUCUAUGGUAAUGUCCAGAGGGGGACAAAGGGGAGUGGUUUUCGUAUGAUUUGGUCCCACAAGAUGGCCAAGGGGGUGGAACAACUCGCAUAUCUCCCAGUAUUUGUAUACACCCACGGACCACUCAGUACCAUCCUAAAGAUUGAUCGGAAACCCGACCUAGAAAUCCUAAAGAUGUCGGUGGUUCGAACGGACGCUCCCCAGACACAUGUGAUUCAACCACCCUCUACUACCAUUGGGGAGGGGAAAUUUACCCGUGAGCAAACGAAGGAUGAGAUCCACAACGAGGAAUUGAGAGACCUGAGCCGCGUCCGAACAUUCUAUUAUUUUUAUUGA